UCAUUCGCGAUUCGGCUGCCUCGAGCAGGAGUCGCUUGAUCGAGGCCACGGCGCCACACUCGACCAACGCCUCACGAUCAGCAUCGGUACCUGAGGGAAUCACCCAUCAGGGACAAGCCGGACGUACACAGUGAGCCAUUCAGCCGAUGGUGGUGUUUCGUGCCCUCAUGGUUGCUAACUGACCGCAAGCCUCAGCACAAGCCCCGGCACAGAACGCCCCAAAGUGUCUGAGGGCCCCUUUUGCAGAUUGCAGCACGAGCUCGUCCUGCUGCGGCUCGGCGAGGAGACCGACCAGGACGGGCAGGAAGGGGGCCAACUCGGCCAGUGGGACAGGGGGGGGGGGGAGUUCUCGGAGACACUCAACAGAAUGCCCAGCAGACGGGCGCCCAGGUGGAGCACUCUGAUGACACUGCUCUCGCGCAUCGCCUUCAGCAGCGGCUGCAGGACACCCGCCGCCAGCACCGCAUCGCGACGGGUCGAUGACUCCGUCGUGAUGAUGCACAGCGCCCCGAUGGCCACCUCUCGUAAAUAGUCAUUGGCUGACGACACGAGCUGCACCAGGGGCGGGACGGCACCCGCAUCCACCACCAAAUCGCCAUGCGUAAUCGCCAGCUCGCCGAGGGCCAAUGCUGCCUGUCGCUGCACCUCCUCGCACCCGCUCAGCUGCUCUACCAAAGCUGGCAGCACACCCGCAUCGAUGGCCUUCUGCUCGAUGGUGCCAUCUAAUCGCUUGAUGGACAGCAGCUGGACCAGCUGCCGUACGACGUCAGUGCGAACCUGCGGUUCACUGGCCGAUGCUAUGAGGUGACAGAUGUCGGAGAUGACGGCGGUGAUGUCGGCCUCGAGGGCCUCCAGCCCUCGCUGCUGGACGGCGUGGUCGUACGCCUCCUGUGUGCCGAUGGAUUUGUACAGGUCUCUCGCCUUGGCCAGCACUGCUUGGGGUGAGGGAUGGCCAUCUGUGGUGCUGACGGCCUCUGCUGUGCCGCCCGAAUCCAUCUCGUCCAACCUGCGAAGACCAACACACAUGCACACGACGCGGAAUGCUCCCAUGGCCGCUUCCUCCUGACUUGUCCACGUGCGCAAUGCUACGCUGCUCGCCCAGAUCUCACGACGCCACGCCUGACCUGAGAACCAGCGAGAGAACGGGUGGAUGGCAUGAAAUGAGAACGAUGCGGCGGACGCCUUCAUUUACCGUCGUGUGUGCAGGCUGUGACGCUAGGCUCACGGUACCGACGAAACGCAACAAAAGCAGCGGUUUCAGGGAGCACCCUAGGUGGCCUGACGGCCAAGUCCCCUGUCGGUCUGUCCAACAU